UUUCACAACCUAAUUUUUCAUUUUCCCAAUUUUUUACUUUGUAUGAUUUGAAAGAAUUUGAUUAUUGUGGUUAUUACAAAUUUCGUUAAUUUUUCUUUAUUGCUAAAAGUAAGAGAUGCAAGAUUUUCAAGUUCAGUGUUUUUAUGACAUUACUCUUGACAUUGUAAUGGAAUUCAUGGGCUAAAGAUAGGGUUAUUCGUGAUUAGGUUUAGGGAUGAGUUUAGGUGUUUGAUUUGGAUGUCCUAAGUUAGUUCCCUUAUAUUACUAUAAGAAUCCUUUGACCGGUUUCUCCUUUUCCUAUCAUUUGGUGUAAAUUAUGACAUGGAUCUAGAACCCUGUAGCUACAUAAUCAGUAUCGACUGUUAUGAAUCCGGCUAAGGAGCUGAACAACUAGCAAGAUACAUCGAUUUCAAUAUUGUUGCUAAAGGUACAACUAAUGAACUAGACUAAAAUAUGCAAGUAGUGAGAUGAAAAAAUAAUCAAACAAUAACAUCGAAUUUAUGAGGUUCACCAAUGUUUUCUUUGGGGCCUAGUGUUUUUUAAAAGUUUCAAAGGAUAGAUCUCAAAGUUCAUUAUGAAGGUAUUAUAAUGGAGCUACACAUUGGACUGAGUUGCUUGUUAAAGCGUGCAUACUACUCGAAUGAGCAGCUGAUGGGCAGUAGGUUCUGUCUUCGAUGGAGGUGAGUUGCUUGAGCCCUGGUGUACUCGUUUGUGCUAAGAGUGCUGCGAGGCUAUGGGACUGCUUGUUGCUUCUGCUCGUUCAAGCUUCACCUGGUCAUAACAUGCCAAUGUGCUUUCAUGGAAGAUUUGGUUAAUAGGUGGAAUGCUUGAAUGAUAAUGGAAAUGUGGAACUUUUAGAGUCUGACCAUCCAAAGGGAGACUUUUAGUUUUGAUUUUUUCUUUUUUUUUUCAUAUGGUAAUACAUCUCAAGGUUGAAUCAUCAGAAUUCCAAAGCAAAUAAAAUACAGCUAAUAAUAGACCCUUUUGUUUGUGUAGUGGCCAAAAAGUCUUCAAUGUUCAAUGAUCCUACUGUGGAAAUACAAGAGUUAACAGCCUUGAUAAAAGACGAUAUCACAGCACUGAAUGUAGCUGUUGCAAAUCUACAAAAAUUUAAAAACAUUGAAAUGGCCGAUAGUUAUUCUGAUGAUGAAGUUGUUCAUACAACUGCUAUCUGUGAUGACAUUAAAAGCAGGCUAAUGGUAGCUACGAAGCAGUUCCAGGAAGUAUUGACUGCUAGAACGCAGAAUAUUAAGGCCCAUGAAACCAGGAAGCAGUUAUUUUCAGCUAAUGCAUCAAGAGAUAACCCAUUUCAGCAAUCUGCCAAAGCUAUAACCGAGCCACCUCCAUGGUCGAAUUCAUCAAAUGUUUCUGCAAGUGUUCAACCUACACAAACAUCAUCAAACGGAAUCCAGUCUGGGAACCAACUCAGUGGCCAAAAAGUCUUCAAUGUUCAAUGAUCCUACUGUGGAAAUACAAGAGUUAACAGCCUUGAUAAAAGACGAUAUCACAGCACUGAAUGUAGCUGUUGCAAAUCUACAAAAAUUUAAAAACAUUGAAAUGGCCGAUAGUUAUUCUGAUGAUGAAGUUGUUCAUACAACUGCUAUCUGUGAUGACAUUAAAAGCAGGCUAAUGGUAGCUACGAAGCAGUUCCAGGAAGUAUUGACUGCUAGAACGCAGAAUAUUAAGGCCCAUGAAACCAGGAAGCAGUUAUUUUCAGCUAAUGCAUCAAGAGAUAACCCAUUUCAGCAAUCUGCCAAAGCUAUAACCGAGCCACCUCCAUGGUCGAAUUCAUCAAAUGUUUCUGCAAGUGUUCAACCUACACAAACAUCAUCAAACGGAAUCCAGUCUGGGAACCAACUCAGACGGAGGAUGGGAACCGAGAAUAUGCCAUCAAACAACAUGCAAAUGUCUAUGCUACAGCAGGUUGCUCCUCAGCAAGAAAAUCAUUCACAAAAUCGUGCCACGGCUCUUCAGAAUGUGGAAUCUACAAUCUCAGAAUUAAGUGGGAUCUUUACACAUCUUGCUACAAUGGUGGCACAUCAAGGGGAGCUAGCUAUUAGGAUUGACGAUAACAUGGAAGAAUCUCUGAUCAAUGUUGAAGGCGCUCAUAGCACGUUACUAAAACAUCUGACCCGUAUAUCAUCAAACAGGUCUUUGCUCGUCAAAUUAUUUGCUGUUUUGAUAUUGUUCCUGAUGGUGUUCAUCUUCUUUAUUGUUUAGUAUGUAAGAAAUUAGAUUUCUGUCAUACAAAAUACCAGUUUUUUUGGGAUAUGCGACAUUUUUUAUACAGUUUUGUCCUAAAUACCAACCUUUUGGAAUCUCUAAUGAUAGAUGAGCAUGUUAUGUAAAUAGAUAUAGAUGAUUGUAACUUGAUAUCUGAUAUGUGAGAAACAAAAGCACCAUUUUUGAAGUUGAACAGGUAUAUUCUUUUA